AUGAAUCUGCUGUAUCUGGUUCCACUUCUUCAGCUAAAAAGCAAUCACAAAGUUGAAUUGCUUUUACGGUUUUACCUCGUUCAGAAACAGGAAGGGAUACCUCCUCGUAUGUUUAAAGCAGUUAUUGCUGCUAGCCAUCCUGAAUUUUCUUCUGUGAGACAGCAGGAUGCUUUGGAAUUUUUUUUACAUUUUGUUGAUCAAGUUGAACGUGUUCAUUCUGGAAAACCUGAUUUGGAUCCCACAAAGAGUUUCAAGUUUGGCAUUGAAGAUCGUAUCGCAUGUUCAUCUGGCAAGGUUGCUUACAAUAGAAGGCUUGACUACAUUCUUUCUUUGAAUAUUCCACUGCAUGAAGCUACUAAUAAAGGAGAAGUAGAAACUUUCCACAAAUUGAAAGCGGAAAAGAUUUCAGAAGGAAAGGACGUAUCCAGUGAUGAGAUUGUACGUCCAAGGGUUCCUCUAGAAGCAUGUCUAGCAACCUUUUCAGCCCCUGAGGAGAUACACGAUUUUUAUAGCACUGCCUUGAAAGCUAAGACAACAGCGUUCAAGAAUGCUGGUUUGACAUCAUUUCCUGACUAUUUGGUGUUGCACAUGCGUAAAUUUGUAAUGGAGGAGGGCUGGGUGCCCAAGAAGCUUGAUGUAUAUAUUGAUGUUCCAGAUAUCAUAGAUAUUACCCAUAUGCGCAGCAAAGGCCUUCAACCUGGGGAGGAGCUAUUACCAGAGGGUGGCUCUGAGGAUGAGGCAGAGUCAAAUAUGCCUGUUGCCGACCAGGAUAUUGUUUCCCAACUUGUGUCGAUGGGAUUUAAUCAUCUUCAUUGCCAGAAAGCUGCCAUAAAUACCUCAAACACUGGAGUGGAAGCAGCAAUGAAUUGGUUACUCUCUCAUAUGGAUGAUCCAGAUAUAGAUAUUCCUAUUUCCCAACAAGGUGCAACAAUUGACCAAUCAAAAGUUGAUACUUUGAUCUCAUUUGGUUUUCAAGAAGAGAUUGCUCGGAAGGCUUUGAAAGCAUCGGGUGAUGACAUUGAGAAAGCAACAGAUUGGAUAUUUAACAAUCCGGAUGCUUCUGCUUCAUCGGAUAUGGAUGCUACCUCAUCAAGCACUGUACAAACUCCUGUGGAUGCUGGUCUAACGGAUGGAGGAGGGAAAUACCGGCUGUUUGGAAUAGUGAGCCAUAUUGGAACCUCUACCCAGUGUGGUCACUACGUCGCUCAUAUCCUUAAAGAUGGUAGAUGGGUAAUUUUCAACGAUGACAAGGUUGGAGCUUCUGUUAACCCUCCAAAAGAGAUGGGAUAUUUGUAUUUCUUUGAGAGGCUUAACAGCUAAAAUUUAUGAGGUAGAAAGAUGAAAGA